CGGCCUGCAUAGGUUGGGUGCCCACGCCACAUCCUUCAGAGGGGCACUGCUCGCCUGCACACACACACACACACACACACAGAGCACAACACAAUGUAACGCACACGCACAUCCCAUCAGCCCAGCCAUCGACCGGCCAGCCAACCUUUUGCUCUGCAAGCCUCGACCAGCCCCGCCCACUCCUGAAAUGGACCACAGCAGCCAGCCAUGCGGUGAUCCAAUCCAUCGCUGUGUGUGCCGCCCGCCACGCCAUAGAUCCCUCACUCACUCACUUGCCCCAGACGUCGAGUAUGCCGUCGUUGCCCACCACGGCCAGUAUCUGGUCCUCACUGUCGAAGUUCCACGCCAGCGCCGUGCAGCCUCGGGGGCAGUUGCUUCGCUUGUGACUGGUGAAACAAUCCUCCUGACCGAUUGAUUGAACAGCUGCAAUGUGUGUGUGGUGAUGGCCGCCAUUGUGUGCGUACCAUCGGCCACGCCCCGAGCGAGAGGAGGUCUUGCGCCUCGUAGAUGCGGACGCUGCCGUCGGCACUGCACGUGGCCUGAUGCGUCGCGUGGGUGGUUGAGCAUUCAUCCUUCACACACACACGUGCGCGCCUCGGCUCUCUGUCUGUUGGCUGACCAGUCUGAGUCCAUGCUUCUUGGGCGAGAACUGGAUGUCGCGUACGGGCAUCUGACACGGAUAUAUCAAUGCAAUGCAGGCCACAAUGUGACCGUAGGGCGAUGACCGUGUGUGCGUUGGAUCGAUUCACCUGUGCGUCUGAGAGUUUCGCUCUCCUCUUCCAUAUGUUUGUCAGAUCUGCCGGCGCGCCGACAUUCUCAGCGUGGCCCUUUGGUCUGUAUCUCUCCGACCAGAUGCAGACAGUCCUGUCCUCCGAGCAAGUCGCAAGAACCUAUCCGCCAACGAGUACCUCUGUAGGGCCCACACUUGCGUGUCUUCUCUUGACUCGACUCACCUGGCCGAACUCGGGAUGCGCCCAGUCGACCCGCCAGAUGGGAGCAUCGUGAGCCUGACCACACACAGACGAUCUAACCCGUGCGUGCCGUGCCUCGAGACCACCCGUCGUACGCUCUCGAUGUUGGCUGACUCAUUCCACUCGCCGCUUCUCUGGUCGUAAUCAAACACAAUGACCUUCUGAGAUGACGAACACACCGCCAGCCGGUCACCUACACGACAUGAGCGACGGAGGGAGAUCAAUCAUUCAGUCAGCCAUGCGCGCAUCGCAUCAAGGAAUGAAUGAACGAGUGAACGUUUGAAUGAAUGCGGUUGGUGUGACUGUGCUUACCGUAGUAGUUGUAUGUGAUGUGAGUGCAGGAAGCCACGGAUGACCUUGUGUCCGGCCUCGAGGACAAGCACGCUGAGGAGCAGCAUGAGGAGGAGCCACCCCAGCAUCGCGCCCUGUGGCCCAGCGUGCCCAAGAUCACCCCGCCCAAGAUCAGCGGGCCCAAGAUCACCCCGCCCAAGAUCAGCCCGCCCAAGAUCGCCCAACAGGCUGGAGACUGGAUUCGGGACCGGCUUGGCGGCUCCUUCGGGUACUAGACUGGUAGAUGAAUGGUAGAUGCUUGCAUGGGGAGGGAGGGGUGAGCACGCGGUUUCGGCUCAUAGGAGAUGAGGACCUAGACUACGGGGGUUCAUGAUUGUGGCUGCCCAUGAAUGCUCUGUCUGUCUUUCCCAUUUCCGUGUAUGUGUACACCCCAUUCAUGUAUGUGCGUGUAUGUGUAGAUAGGUAAGCAGGUAGACAGAUGCAAUGGGCAAUGUGGUCGGCUGACUGGAUGCUAUCAUGAUGACACGAGGCCGGGGCUUCGUGAAUUGUAUGAUUACAUGGAUAUACAAGUAGGUGUACACCAGGCAGAUCAGCUGAUAGGAUAGAUGUAACAUGGUUUAUACAUGGUUUAUAUGCCUGUUGACGUCACCGUUGUCCUUUUCGCUGUCUGUCUUGUCC